AUGUUUGGCAAAUUAAAGAAUAAGAUAACUGCGUCAAGCUCGAAAACACCCCCUCCAUCUGGCGAUUCCUCUGAGACUUCAUCCUUAAAUGAGAAGAUUAAAAACGGUCUUUCAACAACACACGAAGGUGACGACCAACAAAGCUUGAGCUCUGGCGCAUCAUCAUCCAAAAAUGGGUUAUCUGCAUCCACACCAAGAUACAUCCCAUUCGACGCUCCUUCUACCGAAUCGCACAUUCCCUCGGAGCCCAAAUUAACCGAGGAACAAAAGGGCAUGUAUUUAAAAGUAUUGAAGUAUUUUCAAAACCCAGACUUGUGUAUAUCUACCAGUGAGGAGAAUCACAAGCACAAGAUCAGGUGCAGUCCCAAUGAUGGUGGCUUAUUGACUGCUGGUGAAAAAUCGUGGUUAACGAGAGAGUGCUUUUUAAGAUAUUUGCGUGCAACCAAGUGGCACGUUGAGGAGGCAAUUGACAGAAUCGAGCUCACCUUGGCGUGGAGGAGAGAGUUUGGCAUUAGCGAGCCAUUUGACAAAGACAAUGAAGUUGAUGGUAAACUCACAGGUCCGGAAAAUGAGACUGGUAAAGAAGUUAUCUUGGGUUACGACAAUGACUCUAGACCAUGUCUUUACUUGAAACCUGGUAGACAAAACACAAAAACAAGUCAGAGACAAGUACAGCACCUUGUGUACAUGUUGGAGAAAGUUAUUGACUACAUGCCAUCAGGUCAAGACUCCCUAGCAUUAUUGAUUGAUUUCAAGGCACACCCCGUGGGCACUCAAGGUGGUAAGAUCCCACCAGUGGGUACGGGAAGACAAGUGUUGCACAUCUUGCAAACCCACUAUCCUGAGAGAUUGGGUAAGGCAUUAUUAACAAACAUUCCAUGGUUGGGAUGGACUUUUUUGAAAAUCAUUCAUCCAUUCAUAGAUCCAUUGACAAGAGAGAAAUUGGUCUUUGACCAACCAUUUGAGAAUUAUGUCCCAAAAGUUCAAUUGGACAAGGAUUUCCAUGGCGAUGUCAAUUUUGUAUAUGAACAUGACAAGUACUGGCCAAAGAUGAUUGAAAUCAGUCAGGAAAAGAAACAUAAAUAUUUCACCAGAUUUGAAAAAUUUGGCGCAUGUAUAGGGUUGAGCGAAGUGGAUUUACGUGGUGAUAAUGAGGAGCUUAUACACCCGGUAGGUACCAUAUAG